UUUAGGGAGAUUUUUAUGGGGAAAGCCCCCAUGGUCGGAGUGAAGUUGAUGUUGCUUCAUUGCUCCUUUUUCUGUUUUGGUUGAGACUAGUUUCUUUUGUUUCGAUCAUAAAUUGGUAGUUUGUUACUACUGUCUUAGUAACCCUUAAUUUUUUUUUGUUUGCUAAAGUAAUCAGUCCACCGUCUAGGUUCAUCCGCUCAUGGCAUGUUCUGCUGUGUAAAUCUAUGCCGCUGUUCAUCAUUCUGAUAUCCUUACAUUGGCAGAUUAUGUUUAAUCAGGUUGGAGACGCCAAACCACGGUUCCGACAUGGAAAAGGCUGCAUAAUGGCCCACGCAAAGACAUUUGCAGCCAAAAGUAACAAGAGGAAGAGCAAAUCACAAGGUAUAAUUAAAGGUCCAACAUUGAUAAGUGAAGAAGAUUCUCCAGGCACAGGCAGUGGUGAAAAUCCCACUACCAGCCUUGAGGUCAAUGACAAUGAUGUUACUAGUGACGAGGAACUCGCAGUUGCCCCAAGGAAUGCGGUUCUUCAGGCUUGUACUCUCACGUCUGGUUUACUGCUUGCAGGAGGUCUUGUGCUUCGUGAGGUAUCACAUUUUGCAUCUUCAAAUGGAUGGCCAAUUGCUGAUCCUAUGGACUUGUCAUUCAAUUUUGAAACCUGGCAUCUCGAGUUGGUCGUAGGGCUUGUAAUAAUAGUAUCAUCUAGCAGAUAUAUUCUUCUACAGACAUGGUCAGAUUUCAGGAAUUCCAGUGAGGCUGCCAAUAGACAAAUGCUUACUUCGCUGGAGAUUUCCGACUAUAUCGUAGUUGCUUGUCUUCCUGGUAUAAGCGAGGAGCUUCUGUUUCGAGGGGCACUGAUGCCUAUCUUUGGACUGAACUGGAUAAGUGCCCUUGUAACUGGUGCCAUUUUCGGUAUUCUUCACUUGGGCAAUGGCAGAAAAUAUUCAUUUGCAAUCUGGGCAACAUUUGUUGGCGUAGCAUAUGGUUUAGCUGCCUUAGCAUCUUCAAGCAUCAUUGUUCCAAUGGCUUCUCACUCAAUAAACAAUAUUAUUGGAGGCUUAAUUUGGCGCUUUAGCAACAACAUAGAAAGAUAAUAGUUUACAUCUUACUAUAUUUGGAAAAUAAACAUUUUCAAUUUUAGAUUUUAUUUAUUGUUUUGCUUUAACAUAGACAGUUUAGUUCGUGCUAUUCUGGUUUAACUUACACUGCUAGGAUGCUUGAAAAAAAUGUUUUGC